AUGACGUCCUUGGUUUAUAUUAAAGCUUAUUAUACAAAUUCAAACCAAGCUCAAGCUGAAAUACGCCGCUUUACGAUUGAUAUUUCGCCAGGAAAUGACGUUUAUCGUGAUUUAACGACAAAGGUUGCUACAUUUAAUCCUGAUAUACAAUUAAAUGGUUUCACAUUACAAUAUGUUGAUGAUGAAAAUGAACGUAUUACAUUCAGUUCAAAUGAUGAACUGCAUUCAGCUAUAGCAACAAAUAAAGGUUCAACACUGAAAAUAUUUGUUACACCAAAUGCUUCGUCUCAACAACAAAGAGAAUCAACAGCAACAAGCACGGCAGUACCUGGAAGAGUUACUACUAAUAAUACAAGAUCAGAUGGUGAAUGUCAUGUUGGUGUCGUAUGUGAUGGAUGCAAUGGUCCUGUUAUUGGUAUACGUUACAAAUGUUUUGUUUGUCCCAAUUAUGAUUUGUGUGAACAAUGUUCCGAUAAAGGUAUUCAUUCUGAACAUAUUACGCUUAAAAUAACAAAACCAGGUAACAACGCUAGUGGUUCUUCCUAUUACCAUCCAUACUGUCAUCAAGGAAGACGUCAUUUUGGUGGUCAAAAUGAUGGUGGGCACAGUUCACAACAUCCGCAUCACCGUCGGCGAUUUUGGAAUCAUCAUCAACAACAACGAUCGUCAACCAGAGAUACUCCAACAACAAAUCAAACAUCAGGUACCCCAACACCACCAUUUCCAUUUAUCCCCGAUCCACAAUUUUUUGAAUAUAUACAAAAUCAAUUACCUCAGUGGAUGCCAAAUGCUGAAAGUGCCGUUCAUCUUCGAACACAUAUGCAACAACAUUUCAACAACCUAAAAGAAAAUAGCCAGAAUCACAUAACAAAUUCAAAACAUUACCUUGAAAAUGUUGGAAAGUUUCUACAACAAGCACUCUCACCAUUCGGCAUUGAUUGCGAUUAUUCUGUUGAUGAGCAUACAAAACAACAACAACAACAACCUACAGCUACUGAUGAUCAACCAACUCAAUCGCAACAACAAGAACAUCCACAAAGUGCUGUUAAUGAUAGUAAAGAAAUGCAAACAGAAAAUGAAAGCGUUCCAUUGACAAAACUAACAGAAUCAAUCUCAACACCUAUGGAAUCUGUUAGUGCAGCCCUGCAUGAACCAAGUGCUGUCCCAAAAACAUCGGUUUAUCCUGAAUUACCAGCAAAUAAUAACAAUGGUAAUAAUGCUUCAAUUUCAACAAUUCUUAACGCCUUUAGAGCUACACAAUCAUCGACUUCAGCACCGCCGCCGCCAAAAAUAAACACGAUGGACAAGCAAAUUGAUGAAUGUGUCGAGUGUAUGAAAGCAAUGGGUUUUGUUGAUACCAAUGGUGUUCUUACAGAAUUAGUACGUUCCAAAGAAGGAGAUCUCAACCAGAUCGAUAUAACAUCAUCCAGCAGUAUUUAUCGUGAAUUGGUAACAAAAGUAAUUACUUACAAUCCGAACAUCCAAAUAAAUGGUUUUAAAUUGCAAUAUAUUGACAAUGAAAAUGAACAUAUUACAUUUUCAACGGACGAAGAAUUAAAAUGUGCAAUAGCAACAAAGAAAGAAUACUUAUUAAAAAUAUUCGUUGUACCAAAUUCAAUUCAAUCAUUAAUUCCAUCACACUGUGAUUAUUGCCAUAAGGAAAUUAUUCGUGGUGAAUCCUAUAAAAUACAUCAUAAAACAUUAUGUAAAACAUGUUUAACUCGACAGCACGAACGACGUCGUUCGUUAAAAAGUAGUUCAUCAUCGAAACAACCACGUCCAUUGACCACAUCACAUCCAUAUUAUUGUUAUACACAUCCAAGAAUGUCACCGUCAUCACAUGAUACCUAUCCCGAUGUUCAGUAUACACCAUUUUCAUUUAUUCCACCAUGCAUAGUAUCACCAUUAACAUCGAUUGCUGAACAUUUAGAUCGUAUACAUAAAUUAUCAUCGAUGUCUCUUGUUUCACAAUCGCCAACAACAACUCAAACUACCACUACAACAACUUCGACACAAAAUCAACCAUUGGUUGAUGAUUUAAGUGACACAAUGGGUACAACUCCAUCUAUUGCAAUGCCGAAUUUGAAUACAAUGAACUUAUCAUCGCAUAAAACACAAAUAGAAGCAACUGCUACUGAUUUAAAAAACGAUGAUAACGAUUUUGAAAAUAAACUUGAUGAAUGUGUUAAUCGUUUAAAAACAAUGGGUAUUUUUCUCAAUGAAAAUGAUUCAUUAAUUGAUCUAAUCAAAUCGAACGAUUAUGACAUCAAUCUAGUAUUAACCGCACUUAGUGUGAAAGAAACGAAGAAUCGUUGA